ACGAAACUCAACUCAACCAAUUGAACGCAAUUGUUUCGAAACAGGAGACGAAUCUCUUGCGUACGACUUGCUUGAAGAGAGUUUGAUAAGAUUAGUGCAUCGCGGCCGGUCUCUGGAGAAGGAGAUUGUUGGAGGAUUAAGGUUCUGCUCGAGUGGCGCACUUACGGACGAAUCGAUGGAGUGCUGUUUGAAGGGCAAAACGAUUGUAGUGACCGGAGCUGGACAGGGCAUCGGAAAUGAACUCUGCCGUACGCUGGAUCAGCUUGGGGCGAAGGUGAUUGCGGUUUCCCGGUCCCCGGCACCACUGGAGAAACUGAAAAAGGACUGCCCAGCGAUCGAGAUCAAGCAAGUGGAUCUUUCCGAUUGGUCAGCCACGCGCACUGUCCUUGGUGGACUCGGCAAGGUCGAUGGGUUGGUUAACAAUGCGGGUGUUGCCAUCAUAAAACCGUUCUUCGAGUUAACGGAACAGGAUUUCGACAGCACGUUCAAUGUGAACGUAAAGGCAGCCUUCAAUGUGGCGCAAAUACUGGCCACCAAAAUGGAAUCUGGAGCCAGCAUUGUCAACGUUUCGUCGCUGGCCAGUAUGAAGGCGUUCCAAGGGCACUGUGCGUACACAAUGUCCAAAGCGGCCAUCGAUGGACUAACGAAGAGUUUGGCGCUCGAGCUGGGGCCGCGUAAGAUUCGCGUGAACAGCGUGAAUCCAACCGUAAUCCUGACACGCAUGGGACGCGAUAAUUGGUCUGAUCCGGCAAAGGCGGACCCGCUGCUGGCGAAGAUACCGCUGGGACGCUUCGGGGAAGUGCACGAAGUCGUUGAAUCGAUCGUUUAUCUGCUGAGCGAUCGAUCGAGUUUCUUGAACGGCCACAGCCUGCCGCUGGAGGGUGGAUAUUUGGCCGGUAACUAGAGCCCCUCAAGAAAGGCAGCGAUAUUCCAUUAAAUUCUUUAAAUACAUUGGCUUUAUAUUUCGAGCGUUGAGUGAUGGACAUUAAAGCAUAAAUAAUUCACCGCAAAUACGACACGAAGAUUAAAUGAAAA